GUGCGCCCUGCAGCGGCUGCGCCAGCCAGAUAGUUCCACCCUCCACGUGGGAGGAGCCAGCGGCUGAGGGCAGCUGGGGGUCGGGGCUGAACAGACAGAACUGGACUCUCGGGGUUAGGGUGCUGCUCCCGCUGCAGCUGCCGCCGUUAUUACCUCCUGUCAUUCUCGCGGGAGUUUUGCACUUUGGUCAGUCGGGACAAUGGCGGGCACCAGCCUGGGCUCGGCGGGGCUAGACUUUGAGAAGCUGCGCAUGGCGGGCGCCGGCCUGGCUCUAGCUGUGCUCACCAGCGGCGGCGACGCACAAGGUAUGAAUGCUGCUGUCCGAGCCGUAACUCGCAUGGGAAUAUAUAUUGGAGCAAAAGUGUUCCUGAUCUAUGAGGGUUAUGAGGGACUGGUAGAAGGAGGAGAGAACAUCAAGCAGGCAAACUGGCUCAGUGUGUCCAACAUCAUUCAACUGGGUGGUACCAUCAUUGGCAGUGCCCGCUGCAAAGCUUUCAUGACACGGGAGGGCCGUCUCCAGGCUGCGUACAACCUGGUACAGCAUGGCAUCACCAACUUGUGCGUCAUUGGUGGGGAUGGCAGCCUGACUGGUGCAAAUAUCUUCCGCACAGAGUGGGGUGGUCUUUUGGAGGAACUGGUCAAAGAAGGGAAGAUCACAGAGGAGGUAUCUCAGACAUACUGUCAUUUAAACAUUGUGGGCCUGGUGGGUUCCAUUGACAACGAUUUCUGUGGCACAGAUAUGACCAUUGGCACUGACUCUGCCCUGCAUCGUAUCAUGGAGGUGAUUGAUGCAAUCACUACGACUGCCCAGAGUCACCAGAGAACGUUUGUGUUGGAAGUGAUGGGCAGGCACUGUGGGUACCUUGCGCUAGUUUCAGCUUUGGCUUCUGGUGCUGACUGGCUUUUCAUCCCUGAGUCACCUCCUGAGGAUGGCUGGGAGGAUUUCAUGUGUGAGAGGCUUGGUGAGGCACGAAGCAGAGGAUCCCGACUGAAUAUUAUCAUCAUUGCUGAAGGGGCCAUUGACAGGAAUGGAAAACCAAUCACCUCUAACUACGUGAAGGAUCUGGUUGUGAAGCGUCUGGGCUUUGACACUCGUGUGACUGUGCUUGGCCACGUGCAGCGUGGUGGGACCCCCUCAGCAUUUGAUCGUGUCCUGAGCAGCAAAAUGGGCAUGGAAGCUGUGAUGGCAUUACUGGAAGCAACACCAGACACUCCAGCCUGUGUGGUGAGCCUCUCCGGGAACCAGUCAGUGCGCCUACCCCUAAUGGAAUGUGUACAAGUGACUAAAGAUGUUCAGAAAGCAAUGGAUGAGAAAAGAUUUGAUGAAGCAAUCCAGCUCAGAGGGAGGAGCUUUGAAAACAACUGGAACAUCUACAAGCUUCUUGCACACCAGAAGCUGGCACAGGAAAAGAGCAAUUUCAGCAUCGCCAUUCUGAAUGUGGGGGCCCCUGCAGCAGGCAUGAAUGCUGCAGUCCGGUCAGCUGUGCGCAUUGGGAUUUGCCAGGGUCACACAAUGUAUGUGGUGAAUGAUGGCUUUGAAGGCUUGAGCAAAGGACAGGUCCGAGAGGUGGGCUGGCAUGAUGUUGCAGGCUGGUUAGGGCGUGGAGGAUCCAUGCUGGGGACCAAACGAACUCUCCCAAAGACAUGCAUGGAAAAGAUUGUUGAAAACAUCCGGAAAUUUAACAUCCAGGCACUGCUGGUUGUCGGAGGAUUUGAGGCAUAUGAGGGAGUACUGCAGUUGGUGGAAGCGCGUGGACUGUAUGAUGAGCUUUGCAUCGUCAUGUGCGUGAUACCAGCUACCAUCAGUAACAAUGUCCCUGGCACUGACUUCAGUCUGGGAUCCGAUACAGCUGUCAAUGCUGCCAUGGAGAGCUGUGACCGCAUCAAACAGUCUGCUUCCGGCACAAAACGACGUGUUUUCAUUGUGGAGACUAUGGGUGGCUACUGUGGCUACUUGUCAACAGUGACUGGCAUUGCAGUGGGGGCUGAUGCUGCCUAUGUCUAUGAAGAUCCUUUCACCAUUCAUGACUUAAAGGCAAAUGUUGAACAUUUGACUGACAAAAUGAAAACAGAAAUUCAGAGAGGCUUAGUACUUCGCAAUGAAAAAUGCCAUGAGCACUAUACCACUGAGUUCCUCUACAACUUAUACUCCUCUGAGGGGAAGGGAAUAUUCGACUGCAGGAUCAACGUCCUGGGCCACCUCCAACAGGGAGGUGCUCCAACACCCUUUGACCGCAAUUAUGGCACCAAGCUGGGUGUGAAAGCUGUAUUGUGGAUGUCAGAAAAGUUGAAGGAAGUUUAUCGCAAGGGCCGGGUGUUUGCCAAUGCUGCAGAUUCUGCCUGUGUGAUAGGCCUGAAGAGGAAGGCUGUGUCCUUUAGCCCUGUGACUGAACUCAAGAAAGUCACAGAUUUCGAGCACAGGCUCCCCAAGGAACAAUGGUGGCUGAACCUACGCCUUAUGCUGAAGAUGUUGGCCCACUACCAGAUCAGUCUGACUGAAUAUGUGUCUGGGAAGCUGGAGCAUGUCACCCGGCGCACGCUCAGCAUUGAGAAGGGAUUCUAGCUACAAUCUUCUAUUCUACUCACCCUGACUAGUUCUCUGUAGUUCUCUCCCUCUGUUCUCUGACCUUCUCAUUCCUUCUGAGUGUGGUGCUGGUGCUACUGUGAGCCUGCAGGAGUGUGCCUGGGGGCAGCCUGGCUGAUGUUGCAGAAUCACUCCAUACCCACAGUGGUACACUCCUCACUGCCAAAUGGAGGCAGGUGUUCUCAUGUCCAUGGCUCCUAUUUUGGAGCCUAUUCACCCCAGGCAGCAAAGGAUGGCAGCAGAUUUAGGAAAGCACACACCCCUUGCCAGGCAGGGUCCAUCCCUAUUUCCCAGACUAUCCUUUUAUUCAGACACUAUUUAAAGAAUCAUGUACUCAUUGUCUUAUGGACAAAAGGGAAGGUCUUAGAUUCUUUUUGGCCUGGUGCCAUGGAAAAUGCAAGAUUCCAGAAAGAAGUAUCUCUUAGUUGGGAGCCCCAGAGAAUGUGGGAUUCCCAGUGUCUCCCCAACUGAUGGGUCUGAUUUAGGGCCCAAGAACUUAUGCUGCUAUCAUUUUAACACCCAACACAAAAGGUCCUAUUUAGUGGAAGUGUGCCACCAGCAUGUUCUGCCUGCAAAAUAGUGGCAGACAGCAGGAGAGUUCUUCUCUUCCCUGCCCUACCCUCCCUCACUGGGGUGAUAUGCCAACCAGGAUUGGGCAUCAUGUCUGGAUGCUAGGCUGGGGUUGCCAGUGUGUCGUGGGUUUGCAUGGAAAACCCUCUUCUCCAUGCUGUCUGGCUGAUUUGUCUGAUUUAUUAUCCCUGGCUAGAGCUGCGUUGUGGCAGCAGCUUUGUGUGCUCUUCCCAAUACACUUAUGUGAACUCAGUGUUCUGUGUUGCCUGUAUUUGUCUGUGCCACAGCUUUGUGUCCUCUAGAGAUACAUUAAAACAAAAUCCACUGAACCAAA